GGGAAGAGUGUAGGCAGGAUCCGUAGUCCCCGGGUCUCUGAUUGCCUCUUUCACCCCGAAGACAGCGGAGGAAGAGAAGCAAAAUGUGCACCAGUGUCCAGCCUGUGGAAUGGACCGCCAACCUCAAGAACCAGAAUUUCGAUGGCGUCGUCUUGGUCACCCAGAGCCAUGACACAUUGCCCUCUGAGCUCGAGUGCCUGAAGGCUCCUCUGCAGGACUACAGCUCUGUGGACAGCGGUUUGGGGGAGGAGGUGGUGCUCAUCAAGGUCCCUGGUCUCCCUGGUAACCGCCUGGUGUUUGCCUCCACCGGCCCUGUAAACCGUGACUACGAUGACAUCAGGCGCUUCAGUGAUGCAGCAGUCAACGGCAUCAAGCGGGCCUUGAAAGCUGGCAUGCAGCGCCCCCUGUUGGUCUGCCCUCCACACAAGGACUAUAAGAACAGCACCUUGGUGGCUGCCCUCGGGGCCCUUCAGGCUCUCUACAUGCCCCUUGAAGUGAGGGAGGGGAAUGUGAAACCCACUGACUUCAAGGUGUGUGUUCUGGGGCUGUGGGCUGCACAGGAGGCUCAGGGACGGAGGCUGGUGGAGCUAGCUGAUGCUCUGGAGAGCGGGAGACUGGCGUGUCGUGACAUCGGUGGCUCCGACCCCGAGCGUAUGGCUGCUCCUCGCGCAGCUGAUUACGUCCAGGCUCUCUUCAAGGACAGCCCCGUGCAGGUGGAAGUGGUGAGCAACCUGAAGACUCUGGAGAAAGAGUAUCCCUGUCUGGCUGCAGUCAACCGCUGUGCCAACAGUGUACCGCGUCAUCAGGCCAGAGUCAUCAGGCUGAAGUACUGUGGAGACGGACCGAUCCAGAAGACACUCAUGUUGGUGGGAAAGGGCAUCACCUACGACACUGGAGGAGCUGACAUCAAGGCCGGUGGAUUCAUGGCUGGGAUGCACAGGGACAAGUGCGGAGCUGCUGCCGUAGCUGGCUUCUUCCAGAUUUUAGCUAAGCUGAAGCCGAAACAUCUGAAGGUUAUUGGCUCGAUGGCCAUGGUGAGGAACAGUGUGGGUUCAGACUGCUACGUGGCCGAUGAACUGGUGGUUUCCCGUGCGGGUCGUAGAGUGAGAGUGGGGAACACCGAUGCCGAGGGACGUAUGGUGAUGGUCGACCUGCUCUGUGAGAUGAAGGAGAAGGCAGUAUGUGAGACUUCUCCUGAGCUGUUUACUAUCGCCACUCUGACUGGUCACGCCAUCAGAGCCAUGGGACCCAACUACUCUAUCAUCAUGGAUAAUGGGCCAGCCCAUCGCAGCGGGAAUGCUGCUCAGUGGCAGAAAGCUGGAGAGGUGUUGGGCGACGUGUUUGAGGUGUCCAGCAUCCGGCGAGAGGACUACGAGUUCCACAAGGGCAAGUCCGAAUACGAGGACAUUCUGCAGUCCAACAACCUGCCGUCCUCAGCUACACCUCGAGGACAUCAGGCCCCUGCAGCUUUCCUCAUCAUGGCCUCGGGGCUUGACAAGCACGGUGUGGACUCGAACGCACCUCUGCCAUACUCCCACAUUGACAUCGCCGGGUCCAGUGGUCCUUUCCCCGGUGUCCCAACAGGAGCCCCCAUCCUCGCCAUGGCAACCAACUACAUCAUGCCUGGUGGUCUCUAAAUAGAUUCCACAAGUAUAAAAAGACUGCGGCAUCUGCACUUAAAAACACAAAUUUGUAACCGUCCAAAUAUAAACAAAAUCCCUGCCACAACAUGUAAUGCAAAAUGUACAAUUUUUCAUGUCUGACUUACCCCAAUACCUCGGGUUUUUUUCUGGAAGAAUUUUCUCUAUUUUGUAAGAUCUAGUGACAUCUGUCCCAUCUGUAUCGCCCUGUUCCUAAGUGGCCUGAAUCCAUAUAUACUCAGGGGUUAAAAGGCAGUACUAAAAUAUCAUCCUUUUAAUGUGCGUCUGUAUGUGUGUGACAAACCAGCGACGUGGUUGUGUGAUCAAUGACGCUGUGUGCCAGUCUAACCAAGUACUAAUCACUCAUCAAUAAAACAAAUCAGAGCUCA